AGGCGGAUGUGAAGAACUGGAGAGAGGGGACAGGUAGACCUCGGGCUGCGGGUGGACUUGACUCCGGAUAGCAGGUCGGUGUUUGGGGUAUUAAACCAGUCACCUGCCGUGGCUCUCCUGUUUUUACACAUCGCCUGAGACGGGUUAAGGGUGCAAUCAUGAGCCUCUUUUUAGCAACCAUGCGCUCCCUCAGGGAGAUGUUCACUGAGAAACUCCAGGAGUUCCAGGACGAAGUGGAGAACGUGCACAUGGUGUGGCUGCAGGAGAUUCAGCAGGAAGCGGUCCGCAUGUUCUCCAGUGACUUUAGCGCGGAGCCAGAGUUGAUGCCGAAAACCCCCUCUCAAAAGAAGAGCAACCGCAGGAAGAGAGUCUCCCUUAGCCGUGGGGAUACCCGUAGUAAGAGACGCUUCUCCAGGGGCACGCGGAGUAAUCUGCGUCGGUCAUCAGUGCAAACGCUUGUGCUCAUUGCUGAGGAGGCCGGAGUCCCGGACCUGGAUGCGCAGUCCAGCACGGACCCAGAGCAACCGAAGCGCAACACUCGCCGCAACAAGCAGCAGGAGGCCAUUGCGGAGGCUGAGGCUGCCAAGCGUGUGACCCGCAAAGGGGCCCGCGUAGAUGUUGGGGAACCUGAAAUGGGGACUUGGCCAGACACACAGCCCGCCGCUCCACCUGACAAAAAGCCUGCUGAGGAGUCUCAGAAGACAGAAGAAAAAGAGGUGGUGGAGGGGAGGGUGGCAGUGGAGGCGGAGCCGUGUACCUCCGCCGUUCCGUCCCAGGAUGCCUCUCGCCUCUCCCCUCAGAGGCUGGAGCCAAUCGUGCUGGUCUCGGCUGCGGACCGCCGCUCUGCAGAGCUGCAGCUGGAGCAGAUGAAUGCUGUUGGGCGCCUGGCUACCAAGGUGGCCAUUGCUGGAACUCAGGCGACGGCAUCCCGCCGCUCCUCUAUGCGCCGCUCUUCCGUGCGCUGCUCCCUCUCUCGGCGACGUUCGCUGAGUGGCUUGCGACACAGCAUGACCCAGGAGUCCAUGCGACGUGCUUCCCGGCGCUCUUUCCUCAAGAAGAAAGCCAGGCGGAGCAGCUCUGCUGGUAGCAGUACCAGCGAGGAGGUGAUAGUGGAGGCAGAAGAAGAGGCGGGAGAACAAGUGGAGUGUGCACUGCCUGAAGAUGGUGUCCAGGUGAUGGCAGGACCAGAGGCACCACAACCAGAGGUGGUGGUAAUGGUGGAAGAGGAAAUUGUGACGGCGGAGGAUGACAAUAUACGUCGUUUCACACGUUCCAUGGCUCAGACCACUGUCACCCAGCCUGCUGCCUCAAAUGCAGGAAGACCCCACACACCAACCACAGAUGGCAGUGGGGAGAAGCCAGCAGCAACAGUCUCUAGUCUCAGGGUGAACCCCAGCAACAAGCGUUUGGCCUCUAGCUCUGAGGACAUUGGUACCCCUAAAAAGAAGCCCUCUCCUCCCAAGAAGAUGUCAAGUACAAUCAAGCCCAACAUGAGGUCCUUCCUCCACACUGUACAGAAAAAUCAGGUUCUCAUGUCAACUCCUGGGUCGCUGGGCCGAAAUGCCAUCAUGAAAUCCUUCAUUAAACACACAACUCCGCUCAGAGUGGACACAAAGCCGUCCAUUGGUUUGGUCGAGCGUGAACGUCUGCGCCUAGAGGCUCUGAAAAAGAAGGAAGAGCAAGAGAUUGAGAGGAAGAAAAAAAUGGAAGAGGACAAGAAAAGGAAGCAGGAGGAGAUGAAAAGAAAGAGAGACGAGCGCUUGCGGAAGGUGGUUGAGGCUCGAGUCAAGGAGGAACAGAAGGAGGAGGAGAAAAAGAGAAAGAUUGAGAUGAAGUUUGCCCAGAUGGAGGAGAAGAAUGAUAAGAUGCGGGUUGAACGGCUGGCGGAGGAGAAGGUGAAGAAAAAGGUGGCGUCCAAACGACAAGAGGAGCUGGAGCUGAGACGGAAGCAAGAGGAGGAAGCCAGGCGGAAGAAGAUUCAGCAAGCGGAAGAAGAGAAGAGGCAACAGGAGCUGCAGGCCAAGCGGCGGGCAGAAGAGGAGCAGGAGAGAGCUCGCAAACUGGCAGAGGCACGACGGGCCCAAGAGCGUGAGCGAGAGCUGGAGAAAGAGCGAGAAAAGGAAAGGCUGCGGCAGCAGCAGGCUGCUGCAGAAAGGGAGCGACUGGAGCGGGAGAAAGCUGCGGCACUCCAGAGGGAGUUGGAGAAGGCUGCCCGAGAGAAGGAGCGCAGGGAGGCAGAAGAGAGGAGACUGAAGGCGGAGCUGGAGAGGCAAAAGGCAGAGCAGGAGAGGCUGGAGAGGCAAAAGGCGGAGCUGGAGAGGCAGAAGGUGGAACAGGAGAGGCUGGAGAGGCAAAAAGCGGAGCAGGAAAAGGCUGCUCUUCAGAAACGGGCUGCUGAGGCUCUUUCAGCUGCCAAGAAUGCUGCAGAGUUGCAGGAGUCAGUGCUGAAAACACCAGGAGGGAAAGCGGCAGCAACAGGACUCAAUGUGACUGUGGAUGUGGAGAAGUCUCCACAGUCCUAUGAGAUCACUCCAAAAGGCAGAAGCAAGCCUGCUGUCAAAAACCCUGAUGAUUAUGGGAUGGACCAGAACAGUGACGACUCCACUGAUGAUGAAUCGGCUCCUCGAAAACCCAUCCCAUCUUGGGCUGAGGGUCGGCAACUCCAGCAGGCCAUGCUCCAGCAGUACUUCAAUCCUAUUGAUGUGGACUCCUAUUUUGGAGAGAUUGAAGCUCCCAAACUGGAGCGAAUAUUUCGCAAAAGCAAACCGCGUUACUUCAAACGCACAAGCUCUGCAGUGUGGCAGUCCCCUCCCCGGGCAGAGGCCGCAGCCUUCUAACGUGCCGUAUUUGUCUUUUUCUUAGUCUUGUCCUAGACUUUCUGAAUUUUUUAAAUGUUUCACUUGAAUAAAGUCUUGUAUUUUGUAUAGCUUUAGAAUGGACUUAUAUUUUAUUUGGAAAUUAAUGUAAAAUUACUCAUUUGAUCAUACUGUAUUUUCAAUGUGGUGUUUUAAAGCAUUUUUUAUGUUAAAAGGAGAGUCAAACAUUACAGCGCUUGUUCUAUGCGCCCUGAAAGGUGAAAUAUAACAUUAAAAGACAAGUUCCAAAUCAUUGUGUUAAACGUGGUGAGAAGCAGAUAAAGGAAACCAACUGCCAAUAGCAGUCCAGCUGGUUCAGUUUGCACUUUUUUAAAUUAAAAGUGCAGAAACUUCAUUUGGGGGUAAUUUUCUAAGGUCCUUCCUGCUCAGCAAAGACUGAAAAAAGAAGGGAGGAAGAAAUGCACAAGGAACAGAGUACAUAGAACAAAGUUAGCAGCUCUAAUAG